AUGUUGUCGCUUCCAAAUCAUUAUUUCACAUCAGACUUCUUUGAAGAAGACUCAGACAAUAAGGUGAAUCCUUUCGGAGCUAGUACACUUCAGAGUACAAAUUUUGAAUCAAUAAUCAGUCUCUCUGAAAAUAAUUGGCUAUCCAAAUCUUCUACUUUGAGGCAACCCGCCAAAGAUCCCAAGGAGUCUCAACUUCAAGAUGAACUCUAUCUGACCAAGACUGGGCACACAACAAGCAAGAAGGGCCGGAAGCCUCUGAUCUACGGCCUUGCCAAGAGAAAUGACGUCGUCCUCAAAUCUGUAAUCCGUGCUGUAAAAGGGUUCCAUUGGGCAUGUUUUAAGAAGACUACCUCCUUCACCACCAAAAGAAAAUCUUCUUGCGAGCAAAGAAGAGAGUGCAUCCACAAGUACAUUGAACAAGAAUUCGGAGUGGAGCCGAACCCUCAGUUCUUGGCUACUCUUGAGGCAGUUUUGUUCAUGAAGAAGUCGGUGGAUGAAGUCAACAAUAUUUUCAGAGAUUUGUUUUACAGUUUCAGCCAGCCCAAGCUUGAGAGAUGCAUGAGAGACCCUUACUUCAAGUGCUUAGUCUACCACUUUUCUUUUGAAGCAAACCUUGACAAACUGGAUCAAGAUUCGAGAGUGGGGAUCCAGGUUAUCCUCAACUUAUAAAGCUAGGGUAAUAAUAUCAGAGGAAGUCACAAAGCUUUCUCAAGAUGCGAAGCGUCUGUGAAAUAUGCUCAUAAACUAAUUGUUUCCAUAAUUUGAAAAUAGU